GUUGCCAUUUUAAUUAGUCGGAAUUGUUACGCACUUCCGACAAGGGGGCUGCUCAACGCGCGCGUUACAGACGACCAAUCAGAGGUGCGGACGGAGCGAACGUCUGGUGGGGGAGAGCUCAUCAAUUGGAUGGAAUUUCAAAGCCAUUCAGAACGGUAUCGAAGAGUGCCGCGUUCGCGUCGUCGCCGAAUCUUGGAAACACGAACUAUCGAACAAGAGACGAGCGAAAAACAAUUGUUGUUGUUGUUGUCGCGGAGAGAUACGAUUUCAAAUUAGGAAAACAAAAGAAGAGAAACGAUGUCGUUAGGGGUGCGAAUCUAAAACAUUUGAAACAAACAAACAAACAAAAUUAAUUAAUUAAUUUUAAAACGAGCAAGAAAAUGAACGUUCCUCCUCAUCUUCUUCUGGUGGUGGUUGUUGUUGUUGUUAUUACUGUGGUUGUGCCUACUUCUUCUGCUCUUGCCAAUACUUCGCUGCAGGAUGAGGACGUCGAGGAUCAUUGCGUGCAGACAUGUCGCAUGCAGAACCACACGGAUGGACAUUGCGACGACGCUUGUGGAGGCACCGCUUUGUGCGAGGAAGGAUGCACGCUUUGGAGACCCGCUCUGGACGGUUCCUGUCAGUCUGUAUGCCAAAAUGGAAGUACCGAUGGAAUUCUCUCCUCGAAGGAAUUGUACUGCAUCAUCGGCUGCAACAACGCCGUGACUAGGUACUACUUCCAGUUGAGGUUCAGCUUGGGUACACCGCCGCCUCCAGCUCUCGUCGCCGACAGUUUAACAUCGACGAGUCUUCGCCUGGAAUGGAACUUUCCGAGGGCGCAGCAGGCCGGGCUCAAGUACUUCCUGCAGUGGCACUACGAGGAACACGCCGGCGACUGGCAGUACUGCAGGAAUCAGAGCUGGGGACCGCAGCAUACCGUCGCCGUGGACAACCUGCAGCCCUACACCAAGUACAGGUUCAGGGUGGCUCUGAUCCUUUCGAAUCUGACGGAACCGAUAGUGUCGCCGCCGAGCGUCGUCAUCAGCACCAGGCCUGGGGGUGUCCCGGCGUCGCCACCUUCGAUAGUGCGUGCGGUACCUGUCGAUUCUACACGCAUCAGCGUGAGCUGGGAACCCGGCCCCUUCCUGCACGGACCCCUCCUUUCCUAUGUGCUCAGAAUCACUGACAACCAACCCCAUGGUUAUUCCGCCCUCAAGGAUUUAUCCGCGGAGAACAAUUUCUACAUGCUGAGGAAUCUGAUGCCCGAGAAGAACUACACCAUUUCCAUAAGCAUGAGGAACGAAGUCGGGCCGGGACCUUCGGCGAAUGUUUCCAUAUCAACGCCAACAGAACCAAAAGCUGCAAAAGAUUCGGAGAAAUUGGUGCUCAUUCUCGGAGCCCAUCACGUCGUCAUCGAGCAGGGAACUCACAUGCUGGACGAGCCGAUCAUCCUGUACAACACCAACGAGUUCAUCACCGGUUUAGCCAUCUACGUCAGUAGGUGUCUUCUCUUCGUCGCCGAUUCCGCGCGAUACGUGCGGCGAAUGUCGCUGGGGAAUUACGCGACACAUUCGAACAUCGUUCCCAUUCUGUCCCCUUGGCAGAUCAACUUUAUUCCGUUGGAUUUGUCGAUGGAUUGGUUGAAUGAGCAUUUGUAUAUUCUCGGGGAGGUCACGCACCAGGCCAAGGUUUGGCAGAUCGCCAGGUGCGACAUAGACGGUGGAGGUUUGACUGUUGCCGUUGCUGGAUUAAGGGUGAAGCCGCACCAUAUCGAAGUUGAUCCAUACAAUGGUUAUCUGUUUUGGGUGACUACAAACGGACUUUAUAGGCUGGAUCUCGCCGACAUAAGCAACGGUAUCAAGCACGACGUUAAACCGGAACUCAUACUUGCUGAGAGCAAUCUGGGUGCCUUCACCAUAGAUCACACCAACUUCAGUCUUCUGGUAGCAGAUCAGAACAAUAAUACUGUGUAUUCAGUCUCAUUGGACGGGAAAGAAGUGUCCAAUAUGAGGCCUCAAAUAACAACGCCGCGUCUUCAGAAGGUCGUUUCCAUAGCUUCAGCCAACAAGAAAUUCUACUGGACGGACGGUGUUGAAGUGAUCUACGAGGAAGAUCAUCUCCUCUCCAACAGAAGCCUGUACUUUCACAACUCUUAUCCACUGCAACUCUCCAAGUCCUACACUAAAGUUUUAGUGAAUCUGUCCAGUUCUCAACCGGUUCCUGUUCCCGUGAAUCCACCCACUUCGGUGCAAGCAAUCUUCGGUCGGGACAUCGCCAAAACCACCUGGUUACCACCGCAUUUGCUGGGAGCGCAAGGAAAAGGCACCUGGCAAAAUUGGUCCUACGAGAUAUCCAUCAGAGAUCUGCGCACUCAGGAAAUCAGAAGAAUUCGCGACAUUAACUCGACAUCAUAUACCAUAAGGAAUCUGCGAGAAGAUACCGAGUACGUUAUUAAAUGUGCAGCGUAUACGGAUUUCGGGAAAGGACCCUGGUCCACGGAAUUCGUGGGGAGGACGCUGAGGAUCAAAGGCGGCGCUGGAAACCAUCCGGUGAUUCUUUGGUCCGCCGUGGAUGGACUGUUAAAAUCGGAUGCGAGCGGCGAAAAUGUCGAGACGGUCAUCCACAAAACUCUGAUGAGCGAUUACGAUGACAUCAAGGAUAUUGCUUGGUACAUGGAUCAGCUCUUUCUGGUGACAAACACAUCGCAGAUUGUUUGGUACAAUAUGACUUCGCACAAGCACGGAACCUUGGCCGACAUCGAUUCGGUGGGGAGCAUCUCCAUAGAUUGGAUCGGGAAGAAGCUGUACUGGUCCAGUCCCAAGCAGAAGCUGAUAAUCCGUGGUAAUUUGCUCGGAGGUCAUCAAGAGCCUUUACCUAUCGUCACUUCUGCCAAAGAACUGAACGUCGACUCUUUGAAAGCCUACAUGUAUUGGUCCACCGGACAUACCGUUGAGUGCGCUCACCUCAAUGGGGCAGAUCGAAUAAUCUAUCAUGAAUCGCAGUUAUUUUCUGGAAAUUUAGUUAUGGGUCUGACUUUGGAUAUGGAUCAUCAGGACGUUUAUUGGAUAGUGCGAGGUUCGGAUGGGUCGAAUCUCUACAGGGCUCCCAUGGCCGGAUCAAAGUUUAUAACAAAACCCACGUCGGAGAGGAUAUCUAGUCUUCAAAAACCCAGCAUGCGCGGUCCUCUGUGCUACUUCAACAACCGCCUCAUCUGGUUGCAAGAUGAUAAAAGCGCCGUCAUCAGCGACCUCAAAGGCAAAUAUGCUGCAAGCAUCAGCGCCGAGAGUUUAUCCGGACUUAACAUGAUCUACAUCAUGGAUAGUUCGCAACAAAUAACACCAAACGCUACCAAGUUUUCUUCUAUGAAGGGAAUCUCGGUGAUCCCGGAACAAAUCGAGAGGAGUUCCGUGCAGGUCUCCGGCAGCUGGGAUUACUUCAACAUCACCUGGAAACCCGUGCAAAGAGUGAAUUAUGGAAUCGUCUUUUAUGAGAUAAAAGUCGAUACACAAUUACGAAACGAUUCGAUUUUUUCAACGACUUAUCCAAGCAUCAAGUACAUGCACCGAGUGAAACCGUACAGUUUGAUGCACGUUUCUUUAAGAGCAUUGACUUAUUGGGGAGCCUCGACGUUAGUCAAAGUGAAGAUCCACUCUCCGCCUUCAACCCCUUCUGCACCGAAGAAUCCUCGAGCUUUCGUUGUCCACGAGCACAGCAGUGAAAGUAUAAAUGUUACACUGAGAUGGGAUUCGCCUGAAAAUCCGAACGGAGUACUCGAGGGUUACAAAAUAACCUGGUGGAGUCUCAGCAAGAAGACUGCAGAAUCUUUGAUCCUCGAAGCUGGAGACAAAGAAUACGUCUUCGACAACCUGCUCAACAGCGAGUUCUACUACUUCCAAAUACAAGCCUUUACGAAUAUCGGCGAUGGAGAAAUCUCCUCUACUUUGGAAGUCGACACCAGCGAAGAAUCUCCGAUUCCCACGCUCCUCAUAGCCACGAGCGACUCAAUCUUCAUCCAGGACAUAGACACCAAGUUGAAUUACAGCCUGCUGCAAGGCAUCAGCACUCCAAUGGUUAUCGGUUAUCUUCUUAAAGAGCGCAAGAUCUUCUGGAUCAACGACAUGCAGGAGCUUUUAAUGUUCAAUCUGGCUACGUUGAAUCGCAGCAAAAUCUUCGACAUCAACGGCAAACCCAUCGGAUUAACAAUCGAUUGGUUGGAGAGGAGUCUGUAUUACGUGCAGAAGGACGAGUCGAACACUUUCGUGUACAAGCUUGAUCUCAACCACAUGGAGAAGGGCGUCGUCAAGAGCAAGCAGAUCUUCCGCACGCCCAAAUCCAUCGUAAAACUGGAGAUUUCACCAUUUACAAGGAAGUUGUAUUGGAUCGAAGAGGACUCUGGUAUGUCUGUAUUGAUGCAGAUCAACAGCGACGGUUCCGAGAUGGCCCCGUUCUUCGGAAAUCCUUUGGAUGAAUGCGACUGUCCGAACCAUCCGCAAAUCGAACGCACCUUCACUUUGGACCAUUCCAGACCAGAUAAACCAUCUCUAAUAUUCAUUAAUAAAUAUGCGAAACGCGUCUUGGCUGCAGAUAGAGAUGGUUGCAAAUGCGAAGAAGUCUAUGCAGGUAUUGAGGAGCCCGUCGAGACGAUUCGCGGGGAUUUCGGUAGUUUGUACUGGAAGAACAGAGGACGCGGAGGUCUUUUGAAUUCGUGGCGUAACGAUGAGGUAAUGGUAGAACAAAUAGAUACGAACGACGUGAUGAUCUUCGGUUCGCACAUGCAGCCUUAUCCUAAGCAGGAUUGUCUGGUUCCGUUGUUGUCGAAGAACUUAACAGUUGGUUUGGUUAACAAGACUUCGCACACGCUGCGGCUGAAGAUGCCCGAAGUCGAGGUCAAAGCAGAAUGCGAAGAUUAUUCUUUGGCGGCGGUGGAGUUCAGGGUGUUUUACAUGCCCUACAACGAUGAGAAUGAUCUGAGGUGCGACGAGACGUGCACCCAGGAGCAGACCUUUGAGGAUUCUUUGGAGAUUGGAAAUUUGAGAUCGUAUUCGCGUUAUGUUUUUUCCGUUACCUUAAGCAAUUAUUAUUUGAGCAAUGCCAGUGAAUUUAUCGGACCCGGAGUCGUUUUCCAAACUGCUGCUGGAGCUCCAUCACCGCCGAGUGGCGUUCGGGUGACUGUCCUCAAUCCUACUCUUCUUCAGCUGAAUUGGCUUCCACCUCAAGAAAUAAACGGGGAUUUCGUAUACUACGUUAUCCAUUGGCAGUACGAUGGAUCGCAUAACGGAAUACGGCAGAAAGGAGAGCAAACGAUCAUGGAAAACGAUCUGCAAGGUUCGAAAUCGUACACGACUUUCUUGAGAAAUCUUACACCCAACGAGACGUAUUCUAUUUGGGUGCGGGCAUACAGCGAGAACAACGAGACGUCGAGCGAUAGCGACGUGGUGCAGGAGAAGACUUAUCCUGAACCGGAAAACAUCUCGCUCGUAUCUUCGACAUCUUCGCAAUUGGUUGUAAGGUGGAACGUCUCCUCGUACAUCGAUAAAUAUCAAAUGCAGUGUGCGUUGUCCACUUCCAAUGAGUGGUUCGAUGUUAGCCACGACGAAAACAGCGAUCUGGUAACGGUUGGUGGUCUGAAGGCAAAGACUCAGUACAAGUUUAGAUUGAAUCUGAAGUAUCGGAAUUACGCGAAGGAUUAUGUUUGGCCGAAAGAUGCACGCUUCAUCUUCGAUACUCUGGGUGAUAGACCGUCUGCUCCUGGAAUUCCAGUCAUUCAGCAAGUGAAGGAAGUUUACCAGGUGUGGUGGGAGGCGUCCAAAGAGAACGGUGCACCAAUCGAUUUGUACAUGCUUGAAGCGUUGAAGAUUCCCGGUUACAGGAGCAAAAGAAGCACCAAUAAAACGGCCUGGUUCACCUCCGAGGAUGUCCCCGAAUUCGACUGGGAACCCCUAUACAACGGCACAGAUACGUUCUGGAAGAUUGUCGGGUUAUCGGAAAGCUAUCGCUACGCCUUCCGUGUCUCCGCAUCAAAUCUUUACGGAUGGAGCGAGCUGAGCGAGGAGAGCACUCACUUUGAUCCGUUGGCUUCGGCGCAGCUGGCAAUCCGACAAGACUUCACUUACGUGAUAAUAGCGGUGUGCGCUUUCGUCGUCGUCAUGGUUUCUUGUUUGGUAAUUUGCACAAGGAUGUGUUGCGUUGGUAACAAGAAGGAUCAUCAGCAGCAGCAACAUCUGCAGAAUCAACAGCAACAUAUUGUAGCUCGAGUCAGGGGAUCGGACAUGGAACUGGCCACGCUGAGGGAGCUUCCGCGUUUCGGCAACUUUGUCCACAACACUAACGUUCUCUACAUCUCCACGCACACGGCGCCCGAAGAGGUGAACCUCUUGCCGCACAUCAGACGCGAGCAGAUCACGCUGAAAAAGUUUUUGGGUAAAGGCGCGUUCGGCGAGGUGUACGAGGGUAAGGCCAAGGGGCUUUUCGAUAACUGCAGCGAAACUAAAGUAGCCGUGAAGACGUUGCCCAAAGGCGCAUCGGAGCAAGUGAAAUCAGAAUUUCUGCAAGAGGCGCACUUGAUGAGUCACUUCAAGCACGAGCAUAUUCUUCAACUGCUGGGCGUCUGCCUCGACAACGAUCCUAAUUAUAUAAUCAUGGAGUUGAUGGAAGGCGGAGAUCUUCUCUCUUAUCUGCAUUCAUCCAGGAAAAUCGGCGGCCCGGUGGCUUCCUUGAACCUGAUGGAGUUGCUCAAAAUGUGCAUCGACGUAGCCAAGGGUUGCUGCUACCUGGAGGAGAUGCACUUCGUUCACAGAGAUCUUGCAUGUCGUAAUUGCCUGGUCUCAUCCAACGAUCCGGCGGAGAGGAUCGUCAAGGUUGGUGACUUCGGUUUGGCGCGGGACAUCUACAAGAACGACUACUACAGGAAGGAGGGCGAAGGACUGAUGCCCGUACGAUGGAUGGCGCCCGAAUCACUGGUGGACGGCGUCUUCACCUGCCAAUCGGACGUGUGGGCGUUCGGGGUUCUCCUCUGGGAGAUAAUGACUUUAGGGCAAAAACCGUAUCCGGCGAGAGGGAACGUGGAGGUUCUGCACUACGUUCGAGGUGGAGGUCGUUUGGGGAAGCCCACCGAUUGCCCGGAAACUUUGCAUUCAUUGAUGUUGAGCUGCUGGAGCUACGAUCCGGAGGGCAGACCCACGUUCAAGUUCUGUUUGGAUGAGCUGGAAAAGCUCUACGCACAGAACAUGAGCUCGCCGAUGACGGGCGCGCACAUCGGUCAAUACAUAAGCACAGUUCCUCAACAGUUUGAUGGUGUCUCGAAUGCGGCAUACUUUCAAGAUCAAAAUCAUAAUCAUUCAGGGACGUCGUGGAGGAGCAACGAUGAUGAGUCGCUGAAGGAGGCGGCGAUGACGACGCCGUUCCUGACCCCACCAUCCCCAUCGGCGGUGCAUUCUCAGCAGACGAACAUCCCCAAGUACCUAGAAUUGCUGUACGACGGCGAGGAUUCCGUCGAAGUCGAGAACGAUGGCUACGAAGUGCCCAGGAGGACUGUGGAGGACAGAACGGCGUGUGAUAACGAAGUGCUGGUUGUGAACAGAAACAAUGACUCGUCUAGUCUACUUAAAGACGUCGGCUACACAAACAUGAGUCCUGAUCCGCCGAUUCAGACGCGACUCGAUUCUUCGUAGUUCUUUCUUUGAAAUUUAUUUCAAUCUCUCGUAAGUUGCUCAUUAGUACCUGUGUUCAUUUAAACCCCCUUGAAUAUGUCCCUGAAACUGUUUAUUUGUUUUACACUUGUUUCUUUUCCUUAUAUUUUUUUUGUAUACCUAACUUUUAGACUUUUUUUUUUAAUAUUAAUUUUUCGUUCAUUUUAUAAGCCAAUCUAGUGUUACGUUUAGUCGUUUAGUAACUGAAGAGUAUUAAAAGAAUAACAAA